GGAGAAAGAAGUUGCAAUGGCGGGCGAAUGAACGUGAGUGAAAGCAUCUGAAAUGUUUACAAGUCAAGCUCGUAUCGACAGCAAAACUGGCCCGGAUAAUCUCGGACGAUUUGAAUAUUUACAGGCUUUGGUAACGGAAUUUCAAGAUACAGACAAACAAGGUAGAGCCUUUUCCUCCGACUUGGAACUGCAGAUAUGUACAUAGCCAUCACAAAGAUUAAACUUUACAAAACAAACGACACCUACAGACAAUUUACCAGUCUCUUCAAAGCCAGAUAAAACCUAUUCUACUCUCACAUCGCCAACCUCAUCGACCUAGGCCUAAAAGUUUACACAGAAACCUGAUUAAUUCGGAAAAAGACAAAGAAGCAACAACCAAUAAAAUGGUCAAGUUCAUGGCCCACCAACUUCGUUUUUACCACCUCCACAACUAAAAACUCCCAACUUAGCAGCACAAUACAUUCAGAAGUGAACACUGCAUUCUUUUAGUCCCAUGAUCCGUUUUUACAACUGAAUUGACUUUAAAUAAUUUUUAUCUAGGUUCUAAGGAAGAAAUCUUGGCCAACUUAGCCAAUUUUGGGUAUGAUCCUAUCAACUAUGGUCACUUCAGAAAGCUUAAUGUGUUAGACCUUUUUAUGGGUGAGAACAGAAACAUUAUUUUUUUUAUAGGAAAUUCAUUUUCCUCAGAGUUGAACAAUUCCACUUUAGAUGAUUUACAUUUAGUUCUAGCCAGAGAAAAGAAGAGAUUUAAUGUGUCUGAUAGUAAAGCAAAAGUUUGGAAUCAAAUGGAUAUAGAGCUCUGGGCCCAGCUGUUCAAAGGCUGAUUAACUCUAACCCAGGGUUAAAUUUUAAUCCAGCUUUCUUUAUUUCUUUGUUCAAAAGUCUUUUUGGGAAAAUUUUCACUAUUCUUUUUAGAACAUCCAAUGAUCAAAUUGCAAGCAAAAAGAUUUGAACUGAAUUUUCUCUUAAAGUUUUCAGACCUGAAAUCAAAUUUCACACUAACCCUGGGUUACCUUAACCCAGCUUUGAACAACCGGGGCCUGAUUGUCAAGUUUAUUUAUGCAUGGAACUGUUUUGAGAACAUUGUAGAGUUUUUUGAAUAGUUGGUAUUUACAAACAUACAGUCAUGCUUUAUAUAACAUGUACAUUGUGCUCCAAGUAAGUGGAAGAAAGAGAUGCUGAUUGAAAUAAAUACUACAUGUUUACUCAAAAUUUCUCCUUGUGAUGACAAAAAGUAGCCUUGUCACCAAUAAUUUUUGUCUGAUACUUGCAGAUAUGCUUACAGAAGAAAAUGAAAAGUUUGUUGAGUUUGGGAUUGGAGGAUUAUGUAACUGCAGUCUGGGUAAGAAACUGAUGAAAGAAAAGUUUAACAGUCAUGCGUAAUUUUCUUUGGCUAAUGAUGUAGCUUUUAUGUCUCUCAGAUAAGGAAAACAAACAAUACAUCAUUGAGAAUGGUGGAAUACCUUUAGUUAUUAAUUGUCUGUCCAGGUAACAACACAUUUCAUAUUUAUUUGAUUGUUGGGUCAUUAGUUCUGUUGGGUCCUGGUAUUAACCCUUUGACUCCUUUAGAGUGAUAAGCAGCUGAUUUCUCCCUACAUUCUCUUCCCUGAAUCACACAUUCAGGUCAUGAGAAUUAAGGAAAUGAUCAUUGACUGAAGGAGCUCCUGGUUGUUAAACAAAUUCUCCUUGUCAGCACCUUAGGACAUAUAUAGAGAACAGUAUGGAGAAUAUGCAUACUGAUUUUAGGGUGUUAAAGGUUAAAGGAUGUACCCAAGAGAGUACCAAGGUAGACUGAUUCUCAGACAGUCCAGGUCACUCUUACAGAGAAAGAAUGUGGCCACCAGCAACCUGGAAUGUCUGAGUAUCAGGGUAUUUCCAAGGGUGCUUUUUACCCUAUCUUUGGAAUUUAGAUAGGCAAUUUUUUGUCAGUCUUGUAAAAUAAUAAUGUAUAGCCCCAAGUGUACUAAAAAUCAUUUUUUUAAUAUCCCCCAUCUCCUUUGUGGAAGGAAAAAAGACUACACCCCUGUUCUCUUGAACUUCAGUCAGCGAUACACCCGAUUUUAGACACUGAUUGCUGUGAUCGACAAAAAUCACCUGGUGUAUAUGAUGCGGCAAUUUCAAUUUUGGCUUAUGGCCAUGAUCAGCAAAUAAAAUUACCAGGUGUGUUGCUGGCUUUAGCCUUAGGUGCAUCACCAUUUUUUACCCUAAUAAUCUUAAUGUUUUUUUAAUGAGAGUGGUAGUCUUGUGAAGAGCUGUGAUGACAACGGAUUGCUGUAUGUUAGGAGGCAACAUGCAUUUCAAUUGAAAUACAGAAAUUGUGGUUUUUGAUGCAUUUUAUGUUUACAUCUCAACUUCUUUUAGUUCCAAUGAGGAGACCGUUUUGUCAGCCAUAACGACUCUAAUGUUCCUCACUACACCAAAGACACAGGAAGGUCAGUUACUGUUUAAAAUCUAGUUGGUGUCAACUGUUUGCUACCAUUAUUUAAAGCAAGAGAAUGCAUUCUUGCUUUGUAUGUCAGCCUAAGGUAAGAAGUUUUGCAGACAAAAACAUGUGGAACAAUCUAUUUAACCAAACUCAGUAAAUUAACAUUUCAGGAGGAGGUAUUAAUUAUUACAAGGGCUCUGACUGGUAAUAGGUUGCAUUUACUUAAAAAUAGGGUAUUUAUUUGUGGCCAGGCAAAAAUCAGAGCAAUUCUGAAUGAAUUAAAUUAUUGAAUAAAUUGUUAUUGAUAUGUUUCACAGAAAUCACAUCAGAACCUGUUGUGGACUGCAUGGAGAGAUUUUCAACAUCCUCAAAUGCUAGACUAAGUAACGUGGCUAAAGUAUUCCUACAGGUGUGAGAAGCAAAGACAGGUUUCUUAAAAUGUUGCCUUAUUAAUCUUUCUUUUGACCUAUAAGAAUACAGAGAUGUACAAAUUAUAAUGUAUAAUUAUAACAGAUGAUGAUAAUUUUAAAAAAAUUACAAAAUCAUGAUGUUGUGUCGGACUGAAUGACGGGUACUUGGCAUUGUUGCGGUGGAUUGAACAUGACAACUAAACAACAAUUUCCGUGUAAUGCAUGAUUAAGGUUAUUUUUUCCUCUUCUAUGAACAAUGUUUUAACCCUUUACACCCAAACAUCUGAAGUCAUAUUCUAAAAAUUGUUCUCUGUUCAUUUCCAAAUGUACUCACAGGGAGAAUUUGUUUGAAUAUCAAAUUACCUUUACAGUGAUGAUUGUUUCCUGUAUUCUUUUGACCUUAACAUUUCAUUCAGGGAUGAUAUUCUCAUAGAAAUUAGAUGCUAGUCACUCUUUGAUGUCAAAAUGGUAAAAGGAAAUCCAAAUUGUUUUCAAAAUGAAUAUGCCAAGGAAAGCAUCCAAAAAUAGAGCAUUGUCUCUCUUGUGCACAUUUUAUAAAUUUUGUUUGUAUGACUACCACCAAGGGUUACAGAAGGAAUUAACCCUUUAACUCCCAGAUCAAAGUUGUAAUUCUCCUUACUGUCAACCAUACAAUUCUUAUAUUGUUAGUUCAGAGAAUUUAGUAUUAGAUCAACUAAUUAUCCCCAAAUUGAUAUUUUCUUUAUUCUCAUCACCUAUCUUGUUGCUAUUGUAUUGAUAUUGUAAGGAGAAAUUCUGUCUUGGUCACUAGUGGGACUUAAAAGGGGUAAUCGUAUUCUUCCUCAAGUUCUCUAGUAGUAGUCCUUACAACCCUUGUCUUCUGUAAAUAGGAAAAUCCUAUUUAGCUAAGCCAUCAUAUAUAUUAGUCUUUUUUAAACAAUAUUGUGAGGUGCCAUUUCUAAAAAAAUAUAUAUUUUUUAGGAUUAUUGUAAAAGGUCAAAACAUGAUGUUACGAACACAAAUUGA